AUGAGCGAGAACGCGGACUUUGCGGAGCGAUUCGCGCUGGAGGGGAUCGCGUUUAUUGGGCCUCCGGCGAGUGCCAUCGUGAGCAUGGGCUCGAACAGCGUGUCGAAGAAUAUCAUGUCUGCUGUAGGUGUUCUGGUCGUCCCUGGCCAUCACGGGAACCAGGACCUCGACUUCUUGCAGCAAGAGGCUUUGCGCAUAGACUACCCUGUUCUCAUCAAACCCGUCCCAAGAUCGAACACCCUGAUCACCGAACUUGAUGUCAUCCAGCGGCAACUAGAGGUGGCAGCUGGAGAUGCGCUUCUUCUCGACCAGUCCUCAAUACCACUCGUCAGGCGUGCUUUCGAAUCGCGCCUAUACGCCGAGAACCCACGCAACUUCCUCCCCGACUCUGGCCAACUCGCCCACCUAUCCACACCCACGCCUACUCACAUCUUCACGGCUCCGCCGGGUGUACAACGCAUACCUCUGGGAGAAAGUAGCUCUCCCUUCAUGCUCGUCGCGAACACAUCUGCUGUCAUCGCGCCAUCACUUCGUGUCGAGCAAGGAUUCGAGCAAGGCACACAAAUUGGCUUCUUCCAAUCGUCGACGAACAUCAAGUUCUUGAGGGCCCUCGGGGGAAACCAGGCGUUUACAGAUGGAGACGUCGAGACAGGAUUCAUUCCGAAACACUUCCACGAGCUCUUCCCACCCACACCUGAACCUCCCGAUGAAGCUCUCGCACAAGCCAUAACCAUCACCCUCCAACACACAUCCCUCUCCCACCUUCUCCGUCACUCGCUUGCGUCCACCGUGGCCGCCUCCCUCCCGGACAGUUUCUCGCCCACCUUCGCUGCCGUAUCCGCCGUGCUCGAGUCCCCCCUCACCUUCGCCGGCGCACGUGCCCGCACGACCAUGGUCCCACCGCCCGCCCCCGCCUCGCCCUCGCGCGCGUCCCGCUCGUCCAUGCAAGCACCACCUAGCUGCCUCUACGCACUGCUCCGACUCCCGGGCGCGCAGCACCACGUCCCCGCUUCCCGGCUGCGUUUCCUUGCCCUCCGCCUCCGCCUCGCCCUCCACGUUGUAGUAGCAUACUAA